CUGUCAUGUCUGUGUAGUCUGCUUCCUUCAAUUUUGAACUUGAAGAAUCUGGCAGAAUUUGGACUGGAUAGUGGAUAUAGAUAAGUAAAUUCCAGAAUAUCUAGUGAUCUGGAACAGUACUUAUAAGCUGUAUAUUUAGGACCUACAAUCUACAGUUGAAUUUUCUUUGCACUUGCAGAUAAUCGGUAACUGCAACCAUUGAUCCCCUCCGAAAGAUCCCGGAGUCAGCUUCUGUGUGCGUACAGUCCGACGCUAUAAUAUUCGUGUACUAUUAUGAUUUCACACGACCAGUUUUCGUCGAACCCAAAUCAAUAACCAAUAAACGAAGCGUAGAUUCAGAACCAGUCUCGAAUCCAAACCCUGAAGUGAAGUUCAACGCGUUUGGCCAAGUCUACCAUGUUCGUCUCCAACCAAACCGCUGGUUACUAAGACAAGGUUUAGUCGUUGAACGAGUAGCUGCAGAUGGAACGGUUACAGAAGAAGAGAUACACGAUCGGGAUUGUUAUUACUUUGCUCACCUAUUAUCUCAUAGUAGUGAAUCUGCUGGUGCUCUCAGUACAUGUAACGGACUGCGUGGUUUAAUAAGCCAUGACGAUACUGAUACCUACAUUGCUCCGUUGAAAGACCAUCAUGCAAUGCGAUACCGCCGGGAGAUCGAAGACCUGAUCGAAGGCGAGCAAGCUCAUAUUGUGUAUAAACGAACAUCACGUACACGGCGACAAACUACGACGUCAUCAUCGGAUGAUUACAUUGAUGACAGUGAUGAUAACGACGAUGACAGCGAGUUCUACUCCUAUGAUGAUCAAAGGAGUGAUUUUAGCGGCAAUGACACUUACAACAAUGACACAUUCUGUGAGCAAGUUUUCGCACCAGUGGAUCUACCUGAGCACUCCUUCCUUGAUCACGGAUCGGUGGAUGGUGGUAAUGCGUCAGACUAUGAACCAAACUUUGCCGAUAGGAUGGCUGCAGAUCAAGAAGACGGUGAUCAUUCCCAAGAAGGGGGUCACAGAUACAUCGAGGUCUUCGUCAUCAUCGAUGACAAAAUGCUCAGACGUCACAGAGAGGACGUCAUGAACUACACAUUAUCUAUCAUGAACAUCCUGCUUGGAAGGGAUGGUAGAAACCACACUCUGAGGAUACAUGGUAAUGGCCCUGAUCUAGUGGAUGACGUAUGUCGCUGGGCAAAUAUCUUGAACCCCUCCAGCGUUAAUGAUCCGCUACACUUUGACAACACCAUCCUCAUGACAAGGAGAGACCUGUACACCGUCUCUGGAGGCCAAAAGAACUUUGGGCUGUUAGGAAGGGCACCUCUUGGGACGGUCUGUAGACGGACUGAUUCUUGCAAUGUAAAUGAAGAAGAUGGAUUGGAAGCAGCACUAACAGUCGCUCAUGAACUUGGUCAUAAUUCUCCCAAAGCGGCAUGCCUUCUGGAUGUACCCUCAACAGAUCACCAGGAAGUCGAUAUGAUACCUAUAGAUCAAUUAGCAGGUACAAAGUAUAGCAGAUUGCAACAAUGUAAAAAGGCAUAUGGAACUGAUGUCUAUACACUAUGUGGAGGAGCACGGGCUCAUACUACUUGUGGACAACUCGGUUGUAACCGGUACGGGUGGUGUAUGCACAUGUCAGUAAUGGAAGGCACCAGCUGCGGAGAAGACAAGUGGUGUUACAGCGGGCACUGUCGUACAUCUAUCGGGGGCAUUCCCGACCCCGUAGACGGUGGAUGGGGGGACUGGACGGAGGACUUCACCCCUUGUUCUCGUACAUGUGGUACAGGUGUCACUUACAGACGACGACCAUGUGAUAACCCUGCCCCUCGUUAUGGCGGCAAAGCUUGUGAAGGCCCGAUGUAUAUCAUGCACACUUGCAAUGAGAAUCCUUGUCCAGGGAUCGAAAGUGCAGACGAUUACAGACGAAGGGAAUGCUCCAAGUCCAAUUCUAUUGUAUACAAAUAUCGCACGUUUGAAUGGUCCACGGAAACGGAUGGCAAUAUUUUAGAUGAUUGGCUGUGCAUUUUGAAAUGUACAGCGAAAAUAGGAAGUUAUGUGCUCGAGCAUGUCCGACCCCCAUAUAAAGUAUCGGGUGGAACUAAGUGCUGGAGUGAUGAACCAGAUGAGCUAAGACGAACUCGAAGAUGUGUCAAUAACGAAUGCAAAGAGUUUGGGUGUGAUGGGGUAUAUGGAUCGGGUAAAUUAUUGGAUAAUUGUGGUGUUUGCGAUGGGACUGGAAGGACAUGCAAACGGGUGCAUGGAGCACUCCUUGAGAGGAUGCCAGUAAGAAAAAUGAGAUAUUGGAGGUGGUUGGAGAUACCCGUUGGAGUUAUAGGGGUGAAUAUAACAAACAUCGAUGCCUUCAAUCAAGGUUUGGUUCUGAUGGUUGAUGGACGAACCAUUUUUCGCCCGACUGCUUUGAAAAGACAGAAUGCUAAACGAUUUACCUUGCAUAAUAUGUUAAUUCUCUUGCAAAAUAAAUAUAUGAAAUGGGAAAAACUGUGGAUUCUUUCUGGACCAACGACUAAGCCGAUAUUUCUUGAUCUUCUAAAUGAACAUUUUAUUAUCAAAUCAAAUGCCGAAAUUCGUGCGAACCCAACAAUAUUCUACGAGUGGUAUGAACCGAUCAACAUGACUGUCUCUUAUUAUUGGGUGUUAUAUACUUUAAUUGAGUGUUCGGUUACGUGUGGAGGAGGUAAUCAGACGUUUCAACCAGUUUGUGUUGAGGAAAUCAAUGGAACGCGUGUAAACACAAGUGAUAUCUUCUGUAAAGAUUCCCCUGUGCCACCAACCGUCUAUGAUUGCAAUACUCAGAGAUGUCCAGGAGUGUUCUGGUUGAUAGGUGAUUGGGGUCAGGAGUGCUCUGUGACAUGUGGACAAGGCGUCUUCGAGCGUUUCGUUGAGUGUGUAGAAGGAUAUACCAUGGUGGUCAAACCAACCAUUGACUGCAUUGCAGAUCUGGGGUAUAGACCUAAUAUCACCUUGCCAUGUCCUCUAGGUCCAUGUCCUACCGUCAUUGCAACCACAUUAUCAGAUAUUACAACAGGCACUGAAGGAGAAGCAACUAUGUAUAGUGACGUAACAAUGGAGACAACUAAUGAGUCAGACUCGGGUCAAGGAGCAGGAGGAUGGCCCGGAGGAGGAAUUCCACCAUUUAUUUCUUUACCAAAUACUGCUUCUUUUAACGAGUACAAUGUUUAUCUACUACUCACAGCUCUUACAAUCAGUGCUCUAACAGCGUGUUAUAAACUUACAAUGUGAUCGUAGUGAUGCGAAAAGACAAAUUCAUUGGAAGUAUAGAUCUUAGAUAUGAAGCUCCUUUCUAUGUAAAGCUCGAAGCGAGCGUUAUCACUGACAUUUAUUGAACGCUUGAUGGAGCUGUUUUGCUGUAAACCUCAGAGUGCAUUAGAUAGUAACAUGUUUCAAAAUAAUGGUUGUCAUUGUUUUUUAAAAUGGACAAGUAAAGGCCCUGCCUGUCAAAGAAAAGAAUGAAAGUAUGUAAUCAAGAGAAGUUAGAAAAAGGCCAUCGAAAUAAUCGUAUAAAAAUAGGUUGAAUGAAAAAACGAAACUAUAAUGAUUUUUUAAAAACAGAUCUAGGAAGUCGAAGUUGACUGUCUUCUCCAUUAGUUAAUUCGUAGUUGAAAAUAUUUGAAAAGUUGAUAGGCCUGUUAUCGAAAUGAAUUCUUAAGUAAAAAAAAUAUAUAACAUACAGUGUUAAUAUUUAUUUCUUUUUCUGAAUGACUUUGAUCAGUUGAAGUAAUUAAAAAAAAACAGUGGUUUAUUUUUGAAAAUCUUUGGCCUCAAAGAGGUAAUAAAACGUAUAAAGUUC